AUGAGUGACAAUUGUCUGCUGCUCAAUAAGACAAAUAAGGAGAUUUAUCUGGUGGACACCCAUCUUCAGACUGUGCGGAUAUGUCUCGGGGAGAGAAAGGGUUGUGUUAUUCGCCCUGGCAUAUGGACAAUUUCAGUGGAUACUGGCGAGAGAGACAGGUUCACUGAAAACCGACUCGUUGAGUUUUUACUUCUUCGGAGGCGGUUUAGUGUCUCGAUUCAUGGAGUCAUGAAACAAUCCGCUGAUGACCGAUCUGCCGAGGAUGAGAGAGGAGCUAAGCGACAAAAGCUUGAUGGCGGCAGGAUGAAAAGUCGGAUGGUCCAGAUCAAAGACUCGUCUCCGAAGCAAUCGGAACAUCUAUCUGUUGCUGGCAGCCACCAGCUACUUCCGGCGCCUCGAGAAGUCGUCAACAGAGCUGUCGUUCCUAUUCUAGAUCUGACAGACGGGGAGACGGCUCUCAUACGGGCCCCAGAAGUCAAUCUCGCUGAUACAAUGGGAACAUAUCGAUUACAGCGAAUCGAGAAGAUGGGUAACACAGGAGGUGCAGGCGUCUUUUCUUGCCAGCGUUCUGGUAUUCCAGAGAUAUUGGUUGCCAAAGUCCUCUUCUGCCCAGACCAUCGGGCGAUGUCAGAUGUGAGGAGAGUUACAGACAUGUGGAUGCAAGAGAAGACAAUGCUGGAAGGUUUAGAACAUAAAAAUAUCGUGUCGCUCAAGGGUGUUGAUGCCCGGUUUCUAGCAAUUUACCUAGAGUAUCUGCCGUCUUCGCUUCGCCGGGGACCUGGAUCAACGCCGAUUGGACCAUCCGAUGCUAGGAAGAUACUCUGCGAUAUGUCGUCUGCUCUUGCCUACUUGUCCAGACGAGGCAUUGUCCAUCACGAUAUCAAACCACAAAACAUCACAUACUCUGCCGAACGAGGUGCUGUGCUGAUCGAUUUUGGUAUGGCUGCUUCGGUCACCGACCCUGAUGAGCAGGGCGGAAGCCCUCACUUCUAUCCCCCUGAGUACGUGGAUGAGAAACUGGGAACCCGUGGUCUUCCUGGAGACAUAUGGGCACUUGGUGUUACGAUGCUCUAUAUAUUGCGAAAACUUUCUGCAAACUUCUUCCGGAGAGACAUCUAUUUACGCGACUUACGCGAUCUAGGGAGCCGAUCCUGGACCGCGUUCCAAGAUCUGCUGCAGGAAAUUGCGAGAGUAAGAAAACAGUUGAAUGUCGAGGACGUGGUUGAGAAUUUGAUCUUCCAGAUGCUGGAGCCAAACGUCAAACGAAGAGUCUCGGCUGCGGAUAUAGAGGUAGCGUUAAGGAGGAGCCAUGCUCCGACUGAGGUUGAUGAUGAUGCAGACGGGAAUGAUUAG